CGGCGGGUAGGACAUGAGAUCGGAGAAAUCCCUCACGCUGGCGGCGCCGGGGGAGAUCCGUGGGCCGGAGGGGGAGCAACAGGAUGCGGGAGACUUCCCGGAGGACGGCGCGGGCGGGGGCUGCUGUAGUAGCGAGCGGCUGGUAAUCAACAUCUCCGGGCUGCGCUUUGAGACACAAUUGCGCACCCUGUCGCUCUUUCCCGACACUCUGCUGGGAGACCCAGGCCGCCGCGUCCGCUUCUUCGACCCCCUGAGGAACGAGUACUUCUUCGAUCGCAACCGGCCCAGCUUCGACGCCAUCCUCUACUACUACCAGUCGGGGGGCCGGCUGCGGAGGCCGGUCAACGUGCCCCUGGACAUCUUCCUGGAGGAGAUCCGCUUCUACCAACUGGGGGAUGAGGCCCUGGCGGCCUUCCGGGAGGACGAGGGCUGCCUGCCUGAAGGUGGAGAGGACGAGAAGCCUCUGCCCUCCCAGCCCUUCCAGCGCCAGGUGUGGCUUCUCUUUGAGUACCCGGAGAGCUCUGGGCCCGCCAGGGGCAUCGCCAUCGUCUCCGUGUUGGUCAUUCUCAUCUCCAUCGUCAUCUUUUGCCUGGAGACUUUGCCCCAGUUCCGUGCAGAUGGUCGAGGUGGAAGCAACGGUGGUGAUGUGAGCAGAGUUUCCCCAGUUUCCAGGGGGAGUCAGGAAGAAGAGGAGGAUGAAGAUGAUGCCUAUACGUUUCAUCCUGGCAUCGCUCCUGGGGGAGUAGGGGCGGGGGGCUCAUCCUCACUAAGUACUUUUGGGGGCUCCUUCUUUACUGACCCCUUCUUUCUGGUGGAGACUCUAUGCAUUGUUUGGUUCACUUUUGAGCUCCUGGUGCGUUUCUCUGCCUGCCCCAGCAAGCCAGCCUUCUUCCGCAACAUCAUGAACAUCAUCGACUUGGUGGCUAUCUUCCCCUACUUUAUCACCCUGGGCACUGAACUGGUGCAGCAGCAGGAGCAGCAGUCGGCCAGUGGAGGGGGUGGCCAGAACGGGCAGCAGGCCAUGUCCCUGGCCAUCCUCCGGGUGAUCCGCCUGGUCCGGGUGUUCCGCAUCUUCAAGCUCUCCCGCCACUCUAAGGGGCUGCAGAUCCUGGGCAAGACAUUGCAGGCUUCCAUGAGGGAGCUGGGCCUGCUCAUCUUCUUCCUCUUCAUUGGAGUCAUCCUCUUCUCCAGUGCUGUCUACUUUGCAGAGGCUGACGAUGAUGAUUCGCUCUUUCCCAGCAUCCCGGAUGCCUUCUGGUGGGCAGUGGUUACAAUGACCACAGUGGGUUAUGGGGACAUGUACCCCAUGACAGUUGGCGGCAAGAUUGUGGGCUCACUAUGUGCCAUCGCUGGGGUCCUCACCAUCGCCCUACCAGUGCCCGUCAUUGUCUCCAACUUCAACUACUUCUACCACCGGGAGACGGAGCAGGAGGAGCAAGGCCAGUACACCCAUGUCACUUGUGGGCAGCCUGCACCGGACCUGAAGGCGGCUGACAAUGGACUGGGCAAGCCUGAAUUCUCUGAGGCCCCCCGGGAACGGAGACCCAGCUACCUUCCCACUCCACAUCGGAUGUAUGCAGAGAAAAGGAUGCUCACUGAGGUUUGACUGAUGCAGGAAGGGCCUGCAUGAGAAGGAUGACCCUGAGCAAAUAAUUUCUUAGGCUUCCCUCUCAUUCUCCACAGCUCUCGUCUGAGCUCCAGGUGACUUCCUGACUUUUUUCCCAACCCCAGUGCAUGGCAUCCAGGACUGAAUACCUGGACUGUCAACCUUGUUGCUUGGUCCCUGCAGCAUUCAAGUUUUAUCCAUUUAAGUGAUAUUUUUGAAAUGCUAAUGGUGCCACCCAUCCAUGCCCAUCUUCUGUUAUGUGGAUGAGAUUUCUGUCAGAUUUUCCUUCAAGGCUCUGAUUUUUCAUGUUUGAGACUUCUAGUAGCUAUAGGUAUGGUGAUGUCAGUUGGAUGGAAACCAGGUUAUACCUGGGUCCUGUUUCUCUCCUUAGUGCCCUUUCCUUUGGGACAUGCACUUGUCUUAGCUUCUGGCCAGGUGGCAACUGGCAGAAGCUGGAAGACAGAGACAGCACUCAUCUUGCUGUUUUAUUCCCGGGCCCUGUAGCACCUGCUGGUCAUCCUGCAGAGGGCCCUUGGGAGAUACAUGUUAUUCAUCUCUAAUCUUGGAUGGAAUUAGAGAAACUACAAUUAAAGUUGGCCGUUUGGAGGGCAGUUAAUGUGAGUCCCAGACCAAAGGGGCCAAUGGAUUCUUCCAGGUGUGUUCUGGCACAGUAAACAUCAGUCUUUGGUCAACAUUUAGUUCCCCACCCCGAUCCCCUGACUCUCUUUAGCUUUCAGGAAGGUUCUUUCUCAGAGCCAAAUACUCUAUGUGCAAGUGCCUUCCUGAACAGAGGAACUAGCAAAAGGGAACCACAGAGCCAGGAGAAAUGGCCGAAUAGAGUCAGGCAAGUAGCAUGUCCACAUAUCUGAAGAGAGGUGUCACUUAAACAGAUACUGUCAUCUCAGAGAGGCAGAGGAAUCUUCUUGCAAAUGGCAGAUUUCUCUCCCUCACUUUCCCCCAACCUCUCUAGCUCUCCACCCUUCUUCUUGGGAAUUCGAUUGAGGAUAGUUGAAGGCUUCCUAAAACAAACUCCAGCUCAAACCUGCAGACAGGUGAAAGCACACAUUGGAUGCUAGUGUGGGGUGCUUGCCAUCUUGUUGGGAAUGGAAUAGGUGGUUUAGAGUAUGGAAGGAGCAUUAUUUCUUUGCCAACAACCACACUGCUCGAGGAUUUUUGCUGAGUCAAGCAAACAUUAGCCUGCCCUGCCCCUUGGAGCUGCAACUGACUAGUUCUAACCGAUAAGGUAAGGUGGCAAGUCACCACCUGGACUAAGCCAUCUCCUCCAUCGUGAAACUUCUGCCUUCCUUCACAUUUCCCACCUCCCCUCAUUUCUCUCUGGGUAACAUUGUCAUUUGUUUGUCGCCUUGAUAAACUGUGAUGUACUGUUCUGAGCUUGUCUGGGUACAGUUCAGAAACCAAAAGGACUGUUAACAUGUUUUUAAUUUUAUAUCUAUGCUUUAAGACUCUUGGAAUUUUUUUUUUAAUUUCCUCGAAGAGCAACUUAUGAGGGACAGCCUUUUGAGGGUUUUCUUGAGAGACACUAUGGCUCCUGGGAGUGCCAGACCUCAAUUUGGAUUUUGCCACAGCUUUACAGGGUAAUUUUGGCACCACCCUCUUUGUGCCUCAGUUUCCCCACCCAUUACAUGGGAACAUUAAUGUCUUCCCCUCCCUACCUCAUGGGGAAUGUUCAAUGAACUCAUCUGGGAAGCUGGGGAUGAUGCUAUGCAAAUGUGUGAAUUUUAGCAAUGGACUUGAUUUUUAGUUUGUUAUCCUGUCUCCCAUCUCCCAUAGGCAAAGUCUCCCCCCAGGGUUACUGCUUUGGAUCCAAAGCCCAAGAAGAGGCCAUUCUGGCCCAUUAGCUCCUUAAAUCCCUUCUUAGUCUCUUGCACUGGCCUGUCUUUCUUCUUACCCUUCAGAAAGGAGGAUGCUCUUUAGGUAGGUUCAGUAGGAUCCUUCCAGGACCAGAGGCCACUUUGAUUGGGAGCUUAGCUUCUCCAAACCUAAAACACAGUAGGAAAUAGAAGAGUUUAUGAUUCAGAAGCCUGCUCUGGGGCCAUAAAGUGCUGCUUUCUCAAAUCUCUUCAGUUACUCCUGGGUAUUUGGGGAAAGGAGAAGGGCCCAGCCGAGGGUAAAUGUUGGAACCUGUAGGCAUGUAUCUCUAUGUGUGUAUGUGAUCAUCUUCAUCACCAUCACUAAUAAAACAUUUCCUUUUAAAGUCAGAGCAUGCCUGAAAGUAAAGGGUUUGUAGAGCGCUGGGCUCUCCAGGGACUCUGGUUGCCAUAGCAACCUUCCAGUCUGUUCUCUCUAUCUUCUGAUUUGGGCAGCAAGGGAGAAAAGGAGACUACAUAUCUCCAGCUUCUGAAAUGGGACACCUCCCCAUAUUGGGUUAGGGACUGGUAGUACCAGGACAGGAAUGUGUGACCUUGAAAAAGCAGGUCCCUAAAACUUGCACUUGGACCUUUCUUCCUGGUUUCUCCACCCAGUCAUCGAAGCUGCCUCAUCUCACUUUUGAUUCUUC